AUGGAUCAGCAGGGCGCCAUGAGCUCCCAGGAUCAGCAAAACUUGGCAGCCAUGAUGUGGCAGAUGUCGAUGACAUCUCCCAUGCCGCCGGUUCCGGGAAUGCCCAGUAUGCCAAUGUGGCCCAAUCCACCACCUAUGGUUUCUCCUUGGCUGACCGUGAGGGUUGACGGCCUGAAGUUCGAGUAUCAGCUUACCGAGGAUGAUGUUCGGAAGGUCUUUUCGCGCUAUGGCGAAGUCGUCACGGUGAAGAUGGACAGAGAGGGAACUACGUCACAGGUCCAGUUUGCGCAACCCCACCAAGCCAUGGCCGCGCAGCACGACCUUGACAAGAAGCAGCUCCAAGGCAUGUCUGGAGCGUUUCUCACGGUCGAGUUUGCGUAUCCUCAAGGAUACACCGCAGUUCCUCCCUCUGCCGAUCCCGGCUUACUGCAGCACAUGGCUGCAUCGAAUCCGUUUAUGAAUCCAAUGAUGCCUGGCAGCGGCUACCCGGUGGCUCCUGCUCCAACGCCUUCAAGCCCAACCCCCUCUCCUGGAGGCCAGCCGAAGAAGUUUACAUGCAAACUGGAGGUGGGAAUCGAAAACGAGGGUGAGUUCCGUGUGGGCAGCCGGGUCAUCCAGAUCGCGCGUGCCAUCUGGCAGGACCCCAAAUUUCAAGAGCAUGGAGGCAAGACGCGACUCCGUGGAAAGGGCAUCGGUGGUCCACAUGAAGGGGACGAACCACUGGCGCUGUGUAUAUCCUGCCGAGACCAAACCGCCUUUGACAAGGCUGUUCAGUAUGCCGAAACACAGCUGCAGAAGGUGCAUUCGGACUACAAGGCGUUCUGUCAACAGCACGGCAAACCCGUUCCGGAUUUGGAGGUCAAGAUAUCGAAGAAAGGCACAUUUGGACCAGAGGUCACCAAAAGCGUCCAGCCGAUGAAUCGCGGCGAACGUCCGGCUGGAGCCCCGACAGACGAGGAGAUUGAGCGCCUGAUAGAAGAGCGUAAUGAUGCUCGGAAGGCUGCCAAUUUCAAGAAAGCUGAUGAAGUCCGCGAGCACCUCAAAUCACGAGGAGUCGUGCUCAUGGACGAGAAAGGGGCGAAAGGAACCUUCAAAGGCAGCGAAGUGACGAAGUGGCGAUUUUGGAAAAAGUGUUCGGCAGUCGUCUCCGUGGCCUACAUCGUCGCCGCAUGUGUUGCACAUGGCUUCGAAGUAUUUUCCGAGCAGCAACUUCUUGUUCUCAACGACCCCACUCGGGUAAUUGACUUCAACAACUCGGAGUAUGGCUCCACCCACGUGGACGAUUAUUGGGCGAAAAUCGACCUCAACUACAGCCCUUUGGAAGGCUGGAACCUUUUCCGGCACGUGCGCAUCGGAUGCUUCCUGGUGCAGUGGGAAAGUGCACUAGCAUAUGCCGAGCGUGUCGGCGAGACGUUGACCGCGACGGAGUGUGUGCAGUUCUGCAACAGGACCCAGGCAUAUCUUCGGCUGCCCCUAUGCCGAUGUGGUUUAGAUGAGACCGCGCUGCCAAUGAUCGAGGUGCAGGGCGAGUGCACUCCAACAUCUUGGGAGGUGUACAGGGAAUUUGACUACCGGUCGUCUAUGUCGCCAUCCACUUACGAUGUCACCCGCCGGCUUCUGUACUCCAUUGUCACAAUACGGCUGCCAUCGCCGGCCGAUCCUCCGCUUCGGAACUACAUUCAUGCCGUGAACCCUCUGGAGUCCCGCCCGCAAUUCGAUUAUGACACCCGCCUGGAUCGCAUGGUCUUCAAUGCAGUUUGGGACUUUGGGAAGAGUCGCAUGGUGGCAUUGUCUUUGUCCGAUUGGGGCGGAACUUUGGACCUCACAGUGGUUACCUUCAACUCCAGCAUAUCCGGACUUGAAGUGCGACAGAGCCAUUUUCCGAUUGAGGACCAAAUAGUGGCGAACGGUGAGCUGGUUCGUGACGGGCUGGCAUCGGUUGAGGGACUGGGCACAGUUGACAUCUUGUUUGGCACGUACUACACGGUGGUUCCAGCAGCUUGGAGUUCCUCCACACAGGUCGUGCAUGUUGUCGUUGCCAUUGACAUAGACAUGAAGCGUGUCUUGACGAGUGAGGUGAUGCCAGUGACGUUGAUGAAUCUUCAGAUGAAUUCCCUUACGCACCAGUUGUACGGUGCAGGUGCGGACUUGAAUGACCAGUAUGCCUACUAUCAUCUGUGUACAGCCGCCAACUUGACGCAGACCGUUGGCGGAGUUACGACUGUUCAAGUCUUCGUUAGUUGCACGUUGGCAGAGCUGGGAGGCUUGCCUUCAGAGGUCAAUUACAUGUACCUGCAGUCGGCUGCUAUUGAUCACCAGUUCAACUAUGCUUGGUUCACUUUCAAGGAGGAGCCCACAGGUACUCCGAGGAUCUUGGAGUACCAGCAUGACAGCAAAGACUACGUGCUUUGGCCACAGGAAACGCUGCCCGACAAUGCUGUCUUUUCCUCGCUGAUCCAGACUGCUCCCAGGAUCAUUUUCGCACUGUACCCUCCAGCUCUGCAGUAUGCCAGGUUCAAUACCGCUGGCACAAAGCUCUUCUUGUCUUUCGAUGCUGCUACGUUGCGUGGUGCUGUCCCCAUCGACACCAAUGGAGACGACAUACCCGAUUUCUACAACGAGGCUGACAAGGCUACGCGCGGACCCUGCGAGGAUUUCAUCGACCGGUUUACCAUGAUACUGAUCCCAGGGAGCAUGUGCCAAUGGACGACAGAUGCGGACUUCUAUGUUGAGAUUCAACCUGCGUCAACGAUUGCUCCAGGAGAUCUUGCACGGAUCAAGCCAGGGACCGUUUACAGAGGGCAGGAAGCCCGUGCUGGAGUAUACCAGUUCUCACAGCCAUCAUCAGACUUCGCAGUUGUGGAAGCUCCCUUGGACAUCCCAACUCCGAGGGCAGAAGUUGGUGGCCUAGCAUACAUCGACGUGUGCACAGAGCUUGUGCUCGAUGGCACGCAAUCGCGUGAUCACGGCUUUCGUGGUGCCUUCACGUGGGCCCUGAGCUCCACAACUCCAGAGAAGCCAGAACCUCACAUACGCCAGCUUCAGAAGAUCGUGGAAUCGGCGAUGGCCGCCGAAGCCCCUGUGGCAGCACAGGUCAUUCGAAUUCCACCAUACCUCAUGCAAGGCAACACGCUGUACAACUUUUCGCUCACGGUGCAAUCCUUUUGGAACCCGGCCUUGUCUGAUACAACGUAUUAUAGUGUGGUGGUGUCGCCGCUACCAGUUCCCCCGAUGGUGAUCUAUGGGUCGUAUUCCCGGCAGCUCAAGGUGGAGAGCUCGUUGAGCCUGGUAUCGGAGAUCUUCAUGGAAGGGUGCGCAGAAGCACUGGGACGUGGUGCAGUCCAGUACACAUGGACGGCGUGUAAAAGGUCUGAUGCGGUCCUGCUGCAAGGCAGCAUACUGGGCUGUAGUACGUGGGGGAGCGGCAUUAACCUCGACGACAUAUCGGGAUUCUUCUCCCGGUCGUUGUAUGUUAGACCGUUUGCCUUGGAGCCGCUGGAGACAUACAUCUUUACUAUCUCCGGCCAGGUCAACGUUAGCAACGCCACAGCGGACCUGACACUUCAAAACGUAGUCAGCGCAGAAGUAGAAGUGGUACUUGGCGACCUCACGAUUAAUUACUACGGAGGCACAGGCUUUUCAUCUCGGAGGGAUCGUGCGAUCGUGGUGGACUUCACUGAAUCCCUGGAUUAUUCCGACCCUGCAAGCAACUUGGCAACUACUACCUACACUUACAGCUGCCAGAAGGAGGGCACGCAAGAUCCGUGCUUUGCAACGCAGGGCCCCACAAUCCAGCUGACUGCCGAAGCUUGCACGGACGUGGAAGAUCCCCUCUCGGAUCCGCCCGGGCAGUCGAUGAAGUUCACGUACCGCGACAAGGACUACAACCAAGCUGACGGCAUUAGCCUUCCUCCCUACUCGAAUGUCGUGCAGCAUUGCAAGGGCUCAGCGACGACCUUCAUUUUCCAGCCGAACCUUUUCGAAACUGGCUCGUACGUCUUCGUUGUGAACUCCUCGAAGGUCGUUAUGGGCGCUGAAAGGGUGGACUCGAGCAGCCUUUACAUAUUAGUGCAAGCGGACACGGAGAUCGACCCAGAAAGGACUCCCCUCGUUGCUGUGUUCCUGGAAAGCCCGCAGCCGAUAUUCGCUGGCUCUACGCUGCGACUGCGUGGUGAGAUCACGAACCCUCAGAAUGACACGUCCUAUACCUUCCAGUGGACGGCAUAUCGAUAUGGACUCAACCCGGCCUACGACGCGGAAGCCGUUUCGUUUGAUCCAACCUAUGCCAUUCCGCAAUACACUUGGGUGCCACUGUCACCUGUGGAUUUCAACAUCAGUGAUUCCGACCAGGUACGCACACCACCGGAUUCUCGCUUUCUGGUAGUGUCGCCGAGUGUGCUGAUUGCUGGAUUGCGGUACAGGAUGCGGAUUUCGGCGCUGGAUGCGUACAUGUUUUCUCAGGGCAUUGAGGACUACUUGGGCUUUGCGGAGUACACAUUUGUUUGUGCAGGCCUGCCACCAUCAGGCGGUGAGCUCAUUGUCUCCAACAUCUCGGGCACUGCGCUGCAGACAGAGUUCGUCUUCACCAUGGAAGGGUUCGGAAGCGAGGAUUUGCCUUUGACGUACCGUUUCAGCUACAUCCAGGACUACGAGAUGCCUUUCGCUGAAGCUGUUGAGCUCAACAUCGCGUACACGGAGCAGAACUUCAUCAAGACCAGGCUGCCACAGGGUCUGGUCGGGAGUCAAAACUUUCUGAGAGUUAUUGGCACCGUCAGAAGUUCACGGGGAGCGACAGCGCAAGCUACUGUCGAGGUCUCCGUGUCUCCCCCUGGGCAGCAGGCCAUCACCGACAUUGUCAACCAGGUGCCACUGGUCGAUCCGGAGACUGCCAUCUUCUUCACCACCUUGUUGGCAGACACGGAGGCAGCCUCCGACGUGGAGGUCAGCAAUGCGCUGCAGGUCACCCGGGAAAAGAUGUUCGGCAGCACCCGAGCAAUUGCUUCCACUCCAGAGAUGGUGUCUACAGUUUCCGACAUGCUGACAUCCGUAAUCGACAAGGGCAUCACCACAGAUCAAGUCGUGGAUUUCGUGGGGACCAUGGUAAAUCUGUCUGUCGAUCUCGGUUACAUCGCAGCAGAUGCCUCUCUGGGUUCGACGGACCUUGUGGAUGUCACCUUGGGCCUGUUGUACGCUCUUGAUGCCAUUAUCCCGGGCGUCGUCCCAUCUUACGAAGAGGCAACUGCGAGACGCUUAAAAGGCGGCCGUGGCAUGGGUGGCAAGGUUCCCUGGCAAUGGAUUCGACGUCUGCAGACCUCAGAGACACGAGACGGGGAGACAAUGUAUCGACAGUUUUUGCUAUCAACAGCAAUGACCAAGCAGCUUACGGAUGUCAUCCAUGCACAGAUAUAUCCUGGUGAGGUUCCGGUUAGCUUCGCACUGCCUGGCCAAGACAUAUUCAUGGGUAAAGACUUCAGUGAUGCGGACGACGAGUCGCAAAACUACGCACGGGUCACCACUUUGUUCGACCUCCCAAGCCUUGAGCGCUCAGGGCUGCCGAGCACUUUCAACUACAGGUACGUGCAGUUCAAGAAGUUUCCAUACGACUUCCUGGUCAUGCCGGGCAACCGCAGCUUGGAAGCUCCUGCUCCGGCAAACGAAAGCAGACCCGAAGUGCAAUCUCUGGUGCCGCCCCAGAAUAUCAACCCAAGUGAGAGGCUUUGGCACGCCAUGUCUCUCGUCAUUACAGACGAGGCUGGAGAAAGCAACUUACUCGAAAGGUCCAUCGAGAAUGCCUCAUACUCUAUGCUGCCAAAGAUUGCCGCGUACGAUACUUCCAGCUUCGGGAAUGUGGAGAAUCCGUCCACGUGCUACUGGGUCGACCUGGGCAAUGGCAACUUCAGUGAAGCUGCGUUCGAUGCCCGGGGCUCCGUCUUCAGCGAGGAUUCCUGCAUCACCAUGCAUAUGGAAAACUUCAUCGUUCUGGCAGACGACUUGGCCGCGCAGCUAGAUGUUGUGCAGCAGCAGUCUCCGGGAGAGUUGCUGAGUCAAUAUGAAGAUGAUUUCACGACCACAGCGAAUGUUGUCUCGGCGACUCUUGUCCUUGUGGCUUGCGCUGGAUUCGUCAUGGUGUCCGUGUACGUGGACGAGCAUGACGCAUCCAACAAAGUGACUCCGCUUGACAGCUUGAGAACGCAAGUGAUUGAUCGGGAGGAUCCGAAGGAGAAGGUUUUGGGAACCAUCUUCCAAGCGAUGAGGCGAAAUCACUUGGUCAUCGGCUGGAACUACUUUCACCUGAAACUCACACGGGUCCGCAGGGCAGGGAUCUUUGUCGUGGCGAUUUUCGCGACCGAGGCGCUGGCAGUUCUCCAGCACUCACUCUUGGCCUUCAAGGCAGACUCAGCUUGGGGAGCCAGUGGACUCGUUGCCGCUGUGCUGGUUUUUCCAUUGGUCCAGUUCCUGGAAUUCUGCUUCGAAUGGCUCCCACAGUCGAGGGUGCUUUCCAGACCACCUCCACGAUCAGCACCAGCCAAGCCAAUACCUCUCAAGGAGCAGGCGCAGCCGAAAGUGUGCAAAUUUCCCAAAAGGCCUGCAGUCGGCAAAGUUCGCCCGCCGCAGCCGAAAGCACUUCCACGGGUAGAGCAAAGCUUGCAACUUCCAGUCAUGCCACUGUUGCAACUCAGCAAAGCUACCGGGCAGUCCUUGAAGAGGCCUCAACCACCAGCUCGACCUCCCGGGCAGCUCCCCCGUCCUCCGCAGGAGCCCCCGCCAGCUGGCCAUCUGGUUGCGAGAAGCAAGAAUGCAGAGCCCGAGCCCGCCUUGACAGGCUCAGGCUUUGCGGAGCUUUCUCGGCAGUUACCCGGCACGAUUGGGCCUUUUGGCUUAACUCUUCCGGAGCUACCACCCCUACCACAGGGCAAUCUCAAGGCCAUCGCUGACGGGAUGCCAAUGCCUGCACCACCGCCGAAGGGCGCUGCAGGGCCAAGGCCUCCCAAGACGCCUCCACCGAUGAACAAAAUGUUCUUUGUAACCCCGAAGGGCGUGCAAAUGGCAGUGCCGCCGGUGCCAGCAUUGCCCAGUUCACAGCCGAGGACACACCCACCACUUCCAAAGCUGCCGCCAGUGAGGCAAACAACCCAGCUCAGUACUGUGAGGUCAGGUGGAGACUCAGCACGCGUCCAGCCUCCGCCUCCGCCGCCGCCGGUGCCGCCCAUUCGGUCAUUGGGCAAAAGCGCAGGCAUCUCGCUAGCAGAUGCUUUCCCUGCAGCACCUCCAACGCCACAGGGUAAUCCAUCAGCACGAAGCGAGCUAAUCAGCGGCAUGCUGCCCGGCACCGUUGGACUGGAAAGGGAGCUGCCCGAGGUCGUUGAGCCUACACCUCCUGAAGAUGUUGAAGUGCCUGGUAGAUCUGCAAACUUGGUGCGGGAUCCUGAACACACCAUGCCGGCACCACAUGAGACUCAGAGGGAGGCAUCUUCCUCCUCUAGCCCAAGCCGCCGGCGCCGACCUGUGAUCGCGUCUUCGCCCACGACCGGUGAGGUGGAUCUGCCGCACACACCGUCACCGAUGCCAAAAACACAAGCCCAGAUGCCGCUAUCUCUCCCCGGCACCAUGAAGGCCCCACCGCGUGCUGAUGCCUUGUCUGUGCCAAAGUUCCCAAUGCCGAUGAGCUUGUCACAAUCCAUAAACUUGCCACCAGCUUUGGACACCUCUCCGCUUCGUUUUGCCGGAAGCUUGAGGCUGGAUGUUCCAAAGCAAGCCCCGCUGGACGUACCUUCCUCCGUCCUUUUGAGAGUGCCACAGGUGCAGAAGCAUUCCAGCAGUUCGUCGGUUCCGCCGCCACCUCCACCUUUAGUUCCGCCGCCCACUGGGCCAAAGCGUCAUGGGGCUGACAUGGCACCUAUUCCGCCAGAGGCUGGUGAGCCCUUAAUGGCAGUGCGGAAACUGAACAAAGUUCGCCCAGGGCAAGUUUCGACCAGCUCGCGAACACCAAAGCCGCCUCCAAUCAUGCCGGGCAAAGCCACGUUGUUGCCAACUCCGCCCGCAGGCCCGCCGCCGGCACACGCGAUUGUUUUGGCAAAGGGAAGGCCGCAGGAUUUUGCCAGUGGCAACGUCGACUUGGAGGCAGUGGUUUCGAAGGCAAAGCCUCCGGCACCUCUGGUGCACCCUCCAUCUGAGCCGCUGCCUUCCUUUGUCUACCGGGUGCCGUCGCAGGCAUUGCAGUCGAUUGCCGAUGCAAGGGGCAAGUCGCCCAAGGCUUCUGCUCUGGAGCCGUUGCCACCGAAGGCGCCGCCUGCGAGUGAAAGUCUGGCAUUUGCCGCCUUGCCGAACGUGGCAAAGGAGUAUGUUCCACCUGAGCAAGGCCCAAGGCCAGUACCGGAGGUGGUGGUGAAGGUCAGUGUUUGGAUUGUCUACGUGUUUGUGUUCUGGAUUUUCGUUCACAGCGUCGCGAUCAUUGCCUUGUACGGUGUGUACAUGUCAAACAGACAUAUCUGGGCAACAUAUGCGGCCACGUUCUGCGGUUGUUUGCUUAAUUUUGGGAUCUUGGAGAGCAUGAAGUGCGUCAUCCUGGGGUGCGUGGAGCUGGUCAAGCAUGAGACGGUCAAGAGACAGGCCGAGCUAGAUGCAAGAAGAACUCGCAUGGCACUUAAAGAGCAGCGCCAGCUAGAGCGACGUGCAAGAAUGCAGGAAAUUCAGAAGAUGCAUGCGCCACCUCCCUUGAUGGGCUGA